AUGGAAGAUCUCUUUAAAGAUGACAGUGGUGCUUCCGAGUUAUGUGGAGAAAACACAGGAAUAAGAGACCCUAAAACACAGAAGGAAUAUGCAGAGAUGUGGAGAAUAUUUUCUAGUGAUGGAAGAAUCUCCUCUCCUUUUACAUCAGAAGAUGCAUUUGAAAAUGAAGGGAAUAAUUCAGAACACAAGAGCUUUGUUUGUCUUUAUGACACUGAAAGUAACUUUGCUCAGACUGAAAAUACCAGUCCUUUAAAGAGGAAGAAUAUUCCUUAUCAGAAUGUUUUAUCUACUUCCUUACAGUGGCAUGGCCUAAAUAGUGUGCCAUAUUCACACUGUGGGUUUGCGAAUUUCAAUCAUUUUGAUGAUAAAAUUAGCAUUUCUCAGGAUCAUGGCAGCUCAAGACCUGAGUCUGAUUGUUUCUACUUGCAAAAUCUGUCCCCUUUAGGUCCUUCAACAUGUGCUAAUGGACAGGUUCCUUUUAACAGCAGAUCUCACCUUGUCUUUUCUCAGUCUAACACAAAUUAUGAAAUAGCCUGUAAAGAAAACAAUCCAUUUAAUACAGUGAACCGGACCAUCCAAGGCCAGUCCAAUAAUUCUCAGCUUUCAGCUGAAAAAGCUCCUGAUUUGAUCUCUUCUAAGUCACUAACUCCUUAUUCUGGCAUGGGGCCAGAACCAACCUAUGGCUUGGGAUACCUUUUCAGUAAGCUGUCCUGCUUUUACAAAGAUACUGGUACUUACCUUUUCAACAGUACCAUGAUUUCUAAACAGAUUAAGGAGCUGGGGAAUUUGUGUGACAAAAGCAGGAGAUCUUCCCAAGUGGUAUCAUUAAUAAAAAACCUCCCAUUUGUAAGAAACCUGCAAGUAGACAUACUUUUCAAUUCAGGUGCGACUCAAGACAUAUCCCGCUCUACAAAUGGCACUAAAGCUCAAACUGAUAAUGUCCUUCAGCUGGAGUCCCCUGUGCAAGAGCAUAUCCCAGUGGGUGCAAACACAGAAAUCUUAGAUGUGUGUGCAGGAAAGCCUACUGAAGGAUUUGUAUGCCAUUAUGAAAAUGAAAAAUUCGAAAAUAGUCUUGUGUUAAGACAAAACUUUGUGCAUUUUCCUGACAUCCUUUUGAAGCUCCAGGUCUGCUCUCUGGAAAAAGUGCUGGAAUAUUUGACUUGUGCCUUACCUCAAAUUUGUAUUGGUGUAGAGGAGCUGAAAGGUAUAUAUUGGCUUGCUGUUGGCAAUUGCACCAGCCCUGAUCCAGAACCUGCUUGCUUGCUUUUGUUCCGUUCUGUUUUGUAUGUUGUCGUUCUGUCAAUCAAGCAGGAAGUUGGUCAGAAUUCCUUGGAAAUAUUUCAUAAGGUUCCAGUUAUCACAAUAGAAGAGAUUCAAGUUGGUUUUGCUGGACAACAUAUUAGACUUCUGUGUUCUACUGAAGAUAAUUUACUCACAAUAUUUACCUAUGACAAACACUUCACUCAACGAAUUUGUCAUGACAUACUGAGUGUUUUGAUCUCUGCAACAGAUAAUACUGUUUAUUUAAAUCACCAGCUUUUGGGAGGUGAUUUGUUACAGGUUUCCCUUGACUGGGCAUCAGAAGUGAAUGACUUGGUUUUCCCAAAUGGAGUACGAUUGUCCUGUAAAUUCAGAUCUGUGUUAGCUGAUCUGGUCUACUUACUCCAUGAAAAUAUGGGAAGCAAUAAACCUUCAUUAGGUGAUGUUUGUGUAUUGCUGUAUACCACAGUGAAAAUAGACUGUUUUAAGCAGGCUGUAUAUAGAUCUCUGGUUCUUACAACUACUCACAUAGGUGUCUUGAGGGAAAAUGCCUUUUAUUCUGCACCAAACGUUUUGAAUACUUCAUCACAGCGAUCACAGUUUGACAAUCUUCAGUUGUACAGUUUGAAUGAUCUCCGAUGUGUAGUUGUGCCAGACAAAGAGAAUAUGACGAAAAUUGAGCUUGUAUUUUCCAGAAGCAAGGUUGGAACUGAUUCAGGAACUGGUUUUUCUAAACGCAUUGAAAAAGAAAUAAAUCCUCAGCUGACAGUCAUUCCAUCAUUUCUUCAAAACAGUUUGCAUCUCCCUUCAGAAAUCUGGAAAUUAACAUUCAGCUCGAGUGAAGAAGCCAUUUGGUUGAUUAGGCAUCUGACUAGGUGUUGAAAACCAAAAACAUUUAGAUACAUUCAAAAUAAGACGUAAUGAGUGCUAGUAA